GGUAAUUGGUGGGAGGGUUAAAAUUUUACAUUUAUCUUAAAGCACCAUCUUUCUUGCGCUAUGGUUUAGUUCGUAUAGAUAAUAAGUAAAUGACGUGUGAUUUUUCAUGAGAACUUAGAUUAUGAAGGAAAGAAGAGAGAGCUGAUGUAAGUACUAGAAACAUUCUCUUGGACUAGGUUGAGCAUUCUAAAUUACUGCAUAGAGGUAAAAGGGAGUCGUGAUCAGGCCUAAAAGGGAGUCGUGAUCAGGCCCAAUCUCAAUUAUACAAUAUGAUUUAAGGAAAUAUCUCUUGGUUCAAAGGAGUACCCAAAAUAUUCAUUGAUGGACCCUACGGUGCUGCUUCUCAAGACCAUGUCAAGAACAACCAUGUGGUGCUAAUUGGCCUGGGUAUUGGAGCCACACCCUUCAUGAGCGUCCUAAAAGAUGUUCUGAACAGGUUAACUGAGACAUGUGAUGGUCAUACUGACAAUGGAAGAGGAAGCCUAAGUACAUCCAAAAUUUAUCUUUACUGGGCAAGAGAGCAAAGCUCCUUUGAUUGGUUUAAAGAUUUCAUGAACGAUUUAACACUUUCAGACCAAACUCAGUCAGCUGUAGAGAUGCACAAUUUCCUCACUAGUAUAUAUCAUAAAGGGGAUGUAAGGUCUGUUCUAAUAAGAGCAAUUCAAGCCCUGCAUUAUACUCGAAGGGGUAUCGACAUUGUCUCCAAAACUCCUAUGAAGAACAUGAAGAACAAAAGAGAGAAGUAAAUGGAGAAAUAUACAAGGAGACACCUGAAUGUAAAACUCUAGAUAAGAUAAUAGAGAAGGUGGUUUGAUUCUGAACAGGGGUUUUCUACUGUGGUCCUUCGGCAUUGGCAAGAGAACUGGAGGGCUAUGCACCAAGUUCUCCACCAAAACCUCAACUAGAUUUGUAUUCCAUAAGGAGAAUUACUAGAUUAACUUUGUUUUUCGAGUACAACAGCCAAAUAAAUAGGUAUAUGUACUACUUCACUCCAGCCAGAAAUAAUUCACAAUAAAUUGGUAUAUGCAUGUGUACUAUUUCAAUUGUAAAAGAUUGAAAUAAGUUGAAAUAGCACCGCUUCCGCAGGUGGAAAUGGCAGAACAGCCAAAUAAUAAAUUAUAUCAUUACGGUGUAUUACUUCACUCCAGCCUCGUCCCUAUUAGUAUCUAAAGCGGCUUAAGCGACGUUAUCUCAUAUGCACUGAUAUAUCAGUAAAUUAAAACAAAUUUCAAGACAGGCAAUAAACUGAAAACAAAAAGAAACCAACUAGAAGUUUGAUGAAUGGUAAAUUACUAAGCUCGGGCAGAAGAA